AUGGAUCAGCAAAUCAACCAAUUGACUCCUCAGCAGCGUCAGGCAGUUCUCAUGCGUGCUCAGCAAGAAGCAAACCAACAAAUCAUGCAAGACAUGAUUCAAAGAAUGGUCAAGACUUGUUUCAACAAGUGUGCCGGUACCUCUGGAGAUCGGCUAGACAGCAGGGAACAAUCGUGCAUGGCAUCUUGCCAAGACCAAUACUUUGAAACUCGGAAUCAAGUGCAACAAGCGUUGGAAGCCAGACAAUCAGGAAUGCGCUAA